UCACUCAUCGACCUCCGUGUCCUUGCCUUCAUCUCGGUCUUCGACACUUCCACCAAUCGUCCCUUCUUCACACCGAACCCUGGAGCGGUGAGACGUGAGAUGCGCUUGCUUCGUUUGUUCUCGUGUACCUUCAGGGGGGUGAGGAAACUUCGACAUACCAUCUGUGCCAUAGAUUCGCACUUCAAACAUGCGUGCCUGCUCUAUCCCGUAGUAGAUGCGGACCGCCUUGACGCCCUUGCCCGAAACAUCCGUCUUCUGCACCUCGGCGGCGACGUUGUGUGACCGCUUGCGCAUGUAGUUAUCCUGUAUCUUGGCGACGGUGCGCCACAUGUUGGCGCUGUCGCCUGCGAGCCGCACCUGCACCUGCACACACACACACAUACACAUGCACCCAGUGAGGAUUUGCGCGACUCCAGGACUGGCAUGCCAUCAGCCGCACCUGGAUGUCGUAGUCCUUGACUGUCUCAGGCUGCGGGCGACCCCACACCAUGCGAUUCAUGUCACUCAGCUUCUGGGACAGCAUGAGGGUGCGGUGCAUGCCCGUGUCAAACACCAGCUCCACCUGACCCCCACAAACUCAAGAUGUGUCUGUGGGGAGGGAGCACACAUGGACUGACUGGCUUGCUUACUUGAGAGAGGUCUUUGACUGGCGUGCUCCACUCCAGGACAAUCCACGACAGGCAAUCAAUCGUGGCUCACCCAUCGAUUGAUGCCGUUUUUUUGCUGGCUUGCGUGAACACCGCCAUCACCCUUUUGAUCGCUGACCUGUCGAAAUCUGAACCGUCGACCGACACCAGUGAAUUAAAGGUAGUGACGUGCGACUGGUUCAGAUACCUGCGCAGCGCUUCCGUUGUAUUUGCCCUCAAUCCACUCGGUCGAUGCCACGACCUCGAUUGCCUUCGCUGCAUAAUCUCGCGGAUCUUCAUUGUAUACACCAAUAAUAUACUGGUCGUCACGAAGAAGCUGCUGCUGGAUACUCCACACCGCAACGCACACGAGAAUUCUCGGAAUUUCGCCCUUUCUAUACUCUCCGUCUUUACCGGGGUCCUUCGUGACAUCUGCGGCGCAUAGAACAACCCCCAGGAUGUGUGAUUGCAUUCCAUUCACACUCACUCAUGCGAUGCGGAGAGUGGCCCACCUUUGGGGUCGAUGUCAUUGAGCGCACAAUACGCGGCGGCUGUGCCCACCGCCUAACCCAUCGCCGCGCAGGUCUUCAUGACCCGCUGCCUGCCGAACACCAAAUGGGAAAGCGAUGCGAGACGCCCGGCCAACAUCAGGUUAGUCGCGUUUAGGGCCACAAGCGAUCGGAGAGGCGUGCUACACAUGACCAAGGCCUACCAGCCACCAUGCGAUACGCGAUCCCAGUAGAGUGUGGGAGCAGGAACGUCCUCAGCUUUAGCCAGGGGAUCUGGUAAGAUGUCGUUUUGUGUCAUUAUGUACAAACCCCGGAAACGGCGACCUGAACGAGCACAUGAACAACUUAAUCAAGGUGGCACAGCCUCUAGCGCUUACAUUCUCUUUUGCAUGGCCACCACUCUAACCAGUCAAGAGCGAGAUUUUCUGCCUCAGGAAAGUUGCCGCUGUUCUUGAUGUAGUCCCAAGUCCCAAGGACACUCUCCAUAAGCCGGUCUCGGACCUCCUCGUUAUCUCCGAUCAU